UGACGUCACCACGCACCGCUUCCAAACAAUAUUCAGGAAAAAGCCACGUUGACGAUCCAGACUGAAGUGUACACCACAAUUUGAGGCAGAAAGGCGAGGGAAUUGGUUUUUGCCAGACCCUCUAGAUCUCUAUCCCAGCAGACUCCACUUCAGAGCAGCCAUGUCAUCGCCGCCGAAGGAAAAAGUCGAAACCAAAGGCGGACAUCUCCCUGCAGUCAAAGCAGGAGGUAUGAGGAUAGUGCAGAAGCACCAGGCAGCCGCUGUCCCGGAGCCCCCGCAGAAAGACGACGAUGAAGAGGAGUACGUCAGCGAGAGUCCUCCAAAGGCGCCCGUGAUUGUGUCUGGAGUGAUUACAAAGGGCGAUAAGGACUUCACCCCAGCUGCUGCACAGGUGGCCCACCAGAAACCUCAGCCUGGUAUCCCCAAGCUUCCCCCCACUCAGCACAUCAACCAGCACAUCCAUCAGCCCCGCAAGUGAGCUGAGCGGCAUUGCUACAACGGCUACGCAAACUCCACCAGCCGACCUUCCUAAUGGAACACGCAGGAUGAAGACGGAUCCCCAACAGGCGCAGAUCUCCUCCAAACGAUCCUUUUUGCUCGACUGUUGCGCUACGUGUCAGAGAAAUCUGACAGCAACAGGCACCCAAUUGAAAAUAGAGCCACCGUAGAAGGCCCCCUCUUUACACCGCUGCUGCAUCACUUCUGCACUUUCAGGUCCUCUCCUAAGGAGGAGGGUUUGUCUUGCAGUUAUAUAGUCUUAAGGUGAUAUAAAGAGCAGAGAGUCUUCUAAGAUGGUUCUAUUUGAAGGAUAAAAUGUUAGCAGAGAAAGUAAUCCAGAUCUGAGUCUGUUGGGGCGACUUGCAACACAACCAGCCAAUCACAGCACCCUAUCAAUCAAGCCGACUAACCAACCAGUCACCUCACAGUGAUGAGCCCAGGCUCCAGCCUUCUACCUGUAGUCUACGCAGACCAAAACAACCAAUCAAGAAAUCAUGAGGUGGACACCAGUUUAACCUCACCACAAGCCAAUAAGAGAGAACGGGUUUCACAUAAGUGUGUAUCAGAGCUGCAGGUGCAGCAUAAAAAUAGCCAACUGCAUGACUGAAUUAAUCACCCAUUAUCCCGAGUGCUGAGGUUAUCAGCAACUUUGACAAGCAUUCCAUUUGACCCCAUCUCCUUCACACAGGGUUUGGUCGGCCUUCAGCCUUCACCCCAGAUGAGAAAGUUUCCGCCUUCUAAAUAUUAUAGAUUACUCGCUUCCCUGUUGUGAUAGCCGUCAUUACCCAUGUAGCGACUUGAUGCAUGCAGCUGGUGUCACGAUCGCAUGCAGAGGCUAAUAUAGCUUUUGGGCUUUAGCGGAAAUCUAUUUAGCUUUUGCCACAGCUUCCUCCAGUGUCAGUGUUCUUACCUUUUCUUUGACAGUUGUACUGCUCUCCGCCGUCCCCGGCAACGUUAACUCAUCCCUAAUGUAAAAUCGACCGGUUUCACAGGACCAGCAGUGCCUCAUUGGUUAGAUUUUAAGAUUUUUAGCCUUAUUCGACUCAAACGGAUCCUUGUUUUAUCUGCUACACAGCGGUGCGGCCGAACACACAAUGAAACCUAAAGAAAUCCACUCACUGCAAAGCAUCUGCAGGAUGCUUUGUGUCUGCAUUACGGUUGGCUCGAUCAUCACGGGAGAGUUAAUUACGGGGCGAGCAAAGCAUUGCAGAGAGGCAGCUUAGGAAGCAGCGAGGCACUUGAAGUGAAGGUAAAAAUGCAGCUAUUUUACAUUCCACACCAAUGUAAGCGUACAAGGGAAAUGCAAAGAUUUAUUUGUAUCGUAACGGUAAAUAAUCCCCUUCCUCUCCCCACAAAAAAAAAAAAAAUCCGACCAGAUUGGCUACCCCCCUUGAAGUGAUACAUAUCAACACACGCAAACACAAACACCACCCUCAUCCUUAAUCACCCGUCCCCUUACACUUAAGUGUUAUUUGUUGCAACACUAAUGUUCAGGUUUCUGGGAAAAAAAAUAAAGAAAUAAUUUAACCUUGCCAAGAAGGAAUGAUUUCCUAUGUUAAUUUAAGUUUGAAAGAGUUUUAUUUUUGUUUCGUCUUUCUCAGUUCUUUUUUUGAGUAAAUUGUAAAAACGAAUCUGUAGUCAUUUAGUGGACAUGGGUUAUUAGGUGUGGUUGUGAUAGUAAAUAAAGAUAUAGCCUAUA